AUGUGUAUACAUCAUGGAGGGGUAUUCAUUACACAUAGUGAUACACAUGUUGAAUAUGUUAGAGGGACUGAAUCAAGGGUCUCUGAUGUUAAUAUUGACACUUUUGUUACUUUUGAUAUGCCUAAGUAUGCCAAAAAUCUUGGUAUUAUGAAUGUAAUAGAAUUUCUUUUCCAGAUUCCUCAGAUGGAACUUCAUAAUGGCUUAUGUUCAUUGAAUAAAGAUGGUGAUGUGAGGGCCCUACGUGACCGGUUAGAAUUUGCACCUGAAAAGUUAAUAUACAUAUAUGUGAAGCAUGUUGAACAAGUUGUUGAGCAACAAGUUGAUGAGGAUCAAGGUAAUGAAGGUGAUGAUGAGCAUGAGCGUUAUAAAGAAGUUGAUGAAAGGGUUGGAGUAGAUGAAAUUUUUUUGGAUGAGGACUAUGCUGAUUUGGAUGAUAAAGAGCACCCCAAGUACACUGAAUUUAGGAGUGAGGUGGAUAUGCCCAACCCCAUUUUUGAGAAGGGGAUGUUGUUUAGUGACCACAAGGAAUUUAAGAGGGCUAUGCAAUCUUAUAGAAUCAAACACGAAUAUCCAUUGUUAAUUGGUAAGAACGAAUCUUGUAAGGUGAGUUACAAAUGUGAAAAUUGUGAGUGGUAUAUUUAUGCCUUAUGGGACCGUGAAGAAAACUCUUUGCUAGUGAAAACCUAUCGAGGAAAACAUACAUGUUCUAGGGCUUUUCAUGGUAGGAUGGUGUCUGCAAGGUGGAUUGCAGUUACAUGGCUAGAGGUGUUUAGAGGGAGACCCAAAAUCAAGAGUGCUGAGAUAAAGGAAGGUAUAAUGAGCCAAUUUCUAGUAGACAUAUCCUUGAACAAAGCCUUCAGGUCUAGGCAGAUCGCAUUGGAGAUGCUUAAAGGAAGGUUUGCCUACCAGUUGAAAGAGCUAGAGAUUAUUGUGAAGAGUUGA